AUUAUGCUAAUGCAGGGAGCUGGACCCGCCUUUCCCCCUGCCCUAGCGGAGCCGGGGCUGGUGCGGAGACGGCAGAGGGGAAGUGCAAGGAGGCUACAAAAGCGAGCGAGCGAGCGCGGAGCCCGCAGGUCUCCGCGGCCGGAGGAGCGAGGUCGCCCGGCGGCUGCAGCCCCGCGCCGGGGCCGGGGAACAUGAGCAGGACGAGCGCCGCGGCCGGGACACCCCUGUGCGGGGCUCUGCUCCGCUCCCUCUGCCUGGGGACGCUGAUCGCUCUGGCCGAUGCCAAAGGGACUUUCUACCACCACCCGCCCCCCGUGCCCUACAGCAGCCGAUACAACCUCUACACCUCCGGAUCCAGCCCGCAGCUCAGCCCGGGCAAGCCCAUGGGCAGACACAAGAGUUACUGCGCAUAUGUGGUACAGAGGAACGUGACAUGUGCCCUGCAGGAUGGGGCCGAAAGCUACGUGAAGGCGGAGUAUCACAAGUGCAGCUGGGGGCCUAAGUGCCCAGGGAAAGUCCUGUACCGCACCUUCUUCAGACCCAGGUACAAAAUCGGCUACAAGACAGUGACAGAGCUGGCAUGGAGGUGCUGCCCUGGGUUCAUGGGAGAAGGCUGCCAUGACAGCCCCACAGACCAACCAGGCUUAUUGCCCCAACACCCUAGCCCUAAGCUGCCUCCCAGUCAGAAGCUGUUUCCAGGCCCCAGAGUUCCUCCUCAUCCAAAAAUCCACCAAGACCAAUUUCCAGGACCAAAGAAGAGCUACUACGGUAGGAAGAUGCCUGGCAUCUUUGGGGACAGGCUGGACCGGCUGGAGGAGGAAGUGAGGCACCUCUCACAAUCCUAUGACACUCUGCACAAUAUGGUGAAUGGCCUGGGGGACCACCUGCGUCUGGCCAUCCAGGAGGAUACCAGUAAGAUGAUUGGGUCCCUGAUGAACAGCCCAAGUGUGCCUGACGCCACAGUGGGCUUUGGGGUCAUCCCAGAAGGGAUCGCAGAUGUAGCAGACAAAGCAGACAUCGCCACCUACCCACCGGUGGGGGAGAUCUUGGGCAAAGUGACUGAGGUGAGCGACAUCCUGAAAACCAAGACAAACCUGCUGGAUGAGGUACAUGGCAUGGUUCUAGACCACGAUGGACAGAUCAAGCACCUGCUGGAGUCAGCCAGGCCCUCGCCCCUCACCUCCAUUGACAUGCUGGAGGAGUACAUCGACAACCGGCUGAGCCAUUUGCGGGGGGAGCUGCUGGAUGGCUUUGAGAAGAAGCUGGGCAAAAUACAGAGCACCUGUGACUUCAGGAUCCAGGAGGUGCAGCAGCAAUGCGAGGAGGAGAAAGCCACCAACCUGCGGCUACAGCAGACUCUGGACGGCAAGGAACUAGAGAUUAAGAAGGAGAUCUCCCAGCUGGAGACCCAGAUCCAAGGAUUGACCGUGGUUGAGAGCUGCUGCAGCAACCUAAACUACCUCACUGAGCGCAUGAACAUCCUGGAGAAGGGCCUCCACAGCAUCUCUGAGUCCCAAAAGAACUUGCAUUCACAACUGGAUGGAGAGCUCUCCACCAUCACCCUGGAGAACCUCUUUGAAGGGCGCUUUGAGGACCUGGAGUCCAGGGUCAAUGCCACGGAAAGGGAGAUGGGCAGCUGCUGCCCAACACUGGAGGACAGUGUGAGGGGCAUGGUGGUAUCAGAAGUGGAUGGCAUGAGGACGUCAUUCGAUGAUAAAGUGAGAAUCUUGGAGGACAGGUUCAUGACCAUUGUGGGGGAGCUGAGCAACAUCAGUGCUCCAGCUGGCAUGGAUGGGUCUGUGAUGCCCCUGCUGGAGGGCGAGCUGACUAAUGUGAGAAAGCAAACAGAUGAGAGACUAGAUGUCCUGCAGAGUCAGCUCACCAGCCUGGAGACCACCUGCUCCCUGGGCUGUACCUCCUCUUCCAAAGAUGUGGAGACUUUCCGGACGGAAAUCGAAGACUGCCAGAGCAAGAACCAGGACCUGCUGCUCAGGAUGGACAGCAACUAUGACCUCCUGCGCAAGCUGAACGCCACCAUCCUGGAGAUCCAGCGGCGGAUUGAGGAAGAGGCAGCUGGAUCCUUGCAGGGUGAAAUCACCCUGCUCAAGAUCAACCUGAACACUGUCAGCAAGUCUCUGACAGGACUCAAGGACUCUGUCUCCCAGUAUUCCAACACGAUGCUGCAUGUCAACUCCUCGCUGGAUGACCACGAGCGCAAGAUUGAGGAUGAGGUCCACUCCAUCCAGGAGCAGGUCAGCGACCAGGGCUCACAGCUCUUCUUCAGCAACAGGCGUGUUCUGAACCUCAAGGGUGACUUGGAGAGACUCAAAACCAGAAUUGUGAAUGACCUGAGCAACUGCAAGAAUGUCGCGCAUGACCUGCAGAAGGAGAUGGUUCAGUUUGACAACCGUGUGGCCCAGGUAGAAAACAUGUGUGGCAAGCUGGGCUCUGUGACAAGCAGCCUGGACAUCAUCAAGGAUGAGCUGGAGAAACACACAGGCAGCCUCUGGGGCUACAUGGACCAUAUGAAUGGGACUUUGGCUGCACACUCUCAGGAAAUAACUGUACUGAAGGACAACUUGCUGGAUUGCCAAGCCAAAGUCACUGAGCUGGCUGAACAAAUUAGCCAGUUGGAAAGCACUCCGGAGGGAAAGCAGCAUUAGCUAUACUGAAACCCCCAUCUUUUUUCUUGAAGAACAGAAUUAACUUAUAUCACACAGACUCCAGUGGGACAAUGUUUUUUUUCCCCUAUUAUUAAAGUAUAAAUUAAAAGCUGCUACAAUCCCUUCUCCCAUUUUUCUUCCAUAUAUAUUUUUCUUCCUAAGAAAAGUGAGAUUGUACCAGCCCAUGUUAUCCCUUCAAAAUUACUGUACUGCUCUGUGACACUCAGCAUCUGUACUAACAUUGUAGCAAGGUGCCGGUCCAUAGCUGGGUGGUUUUUAGUUUGACUACCAGAGCAAUGACCCAAGAAGGGUCAUCAGGAUGAUGGCAAUCCAGGAUGAUUCACGAUGAUCCCUGCUUCAGCUUCAUUUUUGUGGAUUUAUUGCUUCUGGAGGAUAAAACCCUGUAUUUGUGGGUUGGGUUGGAGAAACUCUGUUCAGCAAGGACCACAUUCAUGUUACCCACUAGCACAGAGAUAGCCAGGGACCCCCAAUAGCAAUGCCACCACCAGAAGUCUGGCUAUUAAAAGAAUGCUUUCUAGCACCGCACCUCCCCCUUCCCAAGAAUUCGAUUCCCUCUUUUGACUUAGUAGGUGCCCUUUUCUUCAGCUGAGCAGACUUUAGGGGCUCAACUACAUAAUUAAUCUAUUUGAGUAAGAAAGUGCCCCUCCCUGCACACAAGAUAUUGCCAGCUCCUGUAGGAGUGCAUGCAUCAAAAUGGCAAACUUUUAUACACCAUUCUCUUCUGCCCCUCACUCCUGAUUGCAGCUUUCUUCAUUUUACUUGCUGUGCUCCGGAGCUUGGUUUAUAAAGCUGGAGGCUGUGUGCCAUUGUAACUUUCUACCUAUUCCACAUGUAGCAUUUCUGGGGAGACCUUUUAGGACUCUACUACAUUUUGUGAGUGCUCUCUGCUCAGCUCUCCCAGUCCUAAGUUCAGCAGGAACAAAGGCUGCUAAGAAGCCUGCAUUCUUUGCAAAGAUUGCAAACAGUGCACAGCCCUGGCUCAUUACCUGGGUCAUGUUUGCACCUAGGCCUCCAAAGGUGGAAAGCCAAGGCAAGAAGCUGUUAGAUCCCCCAGCCCUGGCACCUGGUUUUCAAAGGGAGAGGGGAUGUGUACAAAUUUCCUUCGUCCAUCAAGUGGCAUUUACUACCCACAGUGCUGAAGUGUAGGUUUUGGGGAAUAGGAUUUACCUGUUCACUGAUUAAUGUGUGCUUGUUUGUGGUAUUCUAUCAUCGUGCAGACUGAAGGCUAGUCAGUAUCCAAUCCAGUUCAUGCACCACAGCUGCCUGAAGCACCUUGGACAUGUGACUUCUCUAGAGAGUGGAUGCCUUUACCUAGUGCCAAUUAGGAGGGAAAGACAGUGGUGUUGCUUAUAGCACCUUUGAACACACGACUCUUCUAACUGCUUUUACAAGCUCAGUCUCGGAGGUCUUUGCAGUUUCCACAGUUGUUCAGAUGGACCAGAUGGGGCACCAAGUGGGCAAGCAACUGCCUGACAGCACCAAAAGGUUUAGCUGGGACUGGAACGGAGACUCAGUCUGCAGUGAAACUACUAGAUGUCGGGGGCCUCUACCUUGCAAAUGUGCAACAGCCACUAACAAGGACUGCACUCCAAUCCCAAGAGCAAGCUCCUCUCCCACUGAACUUCCCCAGGGAGCAAGGAAAACAUUCAAAUACGGUUCACACAGGACUACCUAGAGGACACCUGCUCCAUAUGGACUGCAAUGUUCCAAAUCAGAAGUCCACUAGCACUUUGAGUCACAGCAAGUAAAUCAUUUAUUGUUAGGCCAAGAUGGGACUUGUCACCAUUAAGCAUUAAGAGGAAACAUAGGAGUCUCCAUUCCAGUAAUGUUGGCACUUUAAGGAGAAAGAAAAACUGCCAUUGUUCUCCCAUCUGUCCUACUGCAACUGUCAUUUACCCUUUCAUACUGGCCCUACAUCAGUUCUGCUUCCCUCUCACCCACCCCCAAAAUGCUCUUGAGCUUUCACUCCUGACCUUUCUGCAUUGCUCCCACUCACCUUUCUGCCCCCUUGUUCUGGAUCAUUCUCAUUCCUACUUUCACUCCAUCACCAUGUUUCUUCCCUGUAGCAUACUAUACUCGAGAGCAGAUCACAGGCUGAAACCUGGCCCCCAGAAAAGCUCUCUUUGCUUCAGAUUAACAGACAUGGGGCAACCUGCACUGUACACAAGCUAAGGACAUCCUUUCCCAUGUGAUACAACUUCAGAUGUAAGCUUCUACCAGAAACAAAACUGUUUUCUCUUUAAUUUGAACAUUAGGGGCUGCAGAUCAUAUACCCAGGCUUCCCACCACAUCCUUAUCCAGGGUCUGCCCACCAACUCAUAGAACAUGCUCACUCAAAUCAGCAGUGGCUUGAUUCUGCCUCCCAAAGUGGUGCAGGUGGACUUUGGUGUCACGGAGGGAUAAGGCCCUUCUCUGCCUGCAUGCCACAAUGAAAGCAAAAUGACAGAGACAAGGGCCUGUCUUCAUAGGGAAAGGGGCCCUGAAGCAAGUCUUGACUAGCACUUGGACACUCAAGGACAGCUUUGCUUGGACCUCAAAUUCCAUUUUGUUUCCUCAACAACAGCUAACUCGCAUGUAACUGUAUCUCUAAUUCGCCGUGCCUUGAUAUGGCCCUUUACAUCAAUAGCACAGACAGCAGAGUAGGGACGAGAUCUAUGGAAAAGCUAGCCUUCACAGCCUCAACAAGGGGCCAAAGACCUCAAAACAACCAAAGAGGAAGUUGGAAUGUCUCUAAAUUUGGUCUGACAAUCCACUUUUUAAAGAGAGUAGAUCAGAACAGAUCCCUACAGCUCAGAGAGGGGAUAAAAAGUCAAACAACAGGAGAGGAAAGUGGGGAGGCAAUAGUAUCAGACAGAGCCAGGAGUGGUUGAAUGUGUGCUGACCUCUCCAAAGUAGCGUUACAUUUGGACUGAUUUCUGAUUAGAAACUUGAAGACAUGGACAGUUUUUACUUCUGUUCUCAGAUACUCGAGUCAAAAAGCUAAGGUAACUUUGUUUAAAAAAAAAUAAAAAAUGGGGCAUUUGUUGCUUUUGAAGAAGGAAUCUGAUCCCGCCUGUGGCUCCGCUCACCCUUGGGCCAGCUCCCAGGUGGUUGUUGACAGAUCCUAUUAAAGGCCAUUUUGUAUUGUUUUUAAAACAUUGUACAUUUGUUCAGAUUUUUCAUGCUGAAAGACUGUUUGUACUGGAAAAAAAAUAAAAACUUCUUGCUGAGG